GUGUUCCCCUCCCUCUACGACUCUGAGAGAGGCUUUGUCCGCUACUCAGAUUCCGAUGAGAGUCAGAGACUCACUCAGUGUGAGUCAGCCGUGACAUUGGCGCCACAAAUCGGUGGGAUUCUCGUGCGUGUGAGGAAACCGAUUGUCCUACGGCGAUCUUAUCUCGAAGCACACCCAAUCAGUCUCAGGUUGAUUGUGUUCGAUCGAGCCUUGCUAAGCGGGGGAAAGCAUCGCACUCAUUCGAUUGUGGACUUCCUCGAAAAUCCUCUCCGUCACCAAGCUUCCACGAAAUCAUGCAUCGCCGCAUACCAAUCCUUCACACCCAGCUUUUCAUCAACAAUGAAUUCGUGGACGCUGUCUCGAAGAAGACACUCGACGUGAUCAAUCCAACAACAGGAGAAGUGAUCACCGAGGUUAGCGAGGCUGAUGCUGCGGAUGUGGAUCUCGCUGUCGCUGCUGCCAGAGCGGCCUUCAAACGGGACUCGCCGUGGAGAACCUGCGACGCCUCGGAGAGGGGCGCGGCGAUCCACAGAUUGGCCGACCUCAUUGUCGAAGAAAAAGAGUAUUUUGCUGACCUGGAAGCUCUUGAUGCGGGGAAACCUCGAGCUGAAGCCGAAUUCGAUGUCGAGUGUACUAUCGCGACCUUCAGGUAUUACGCUGGGUGGAGUGACAAAAUCCACGGGAAAACCAUCCCUGCAGAUGGGGGCGUAAUCAGCAUGACUCGUCACGAACCGAUCGGGGUUUGCGGUCUAAUUAUACCCUGGAACUACCCCAUUCUGAUGGCAGCAUGGAAACUGGCUCCCGCUCUUGCCGCUGGAAACUGCUGCGUGCUGAAGCCAUCGGAGAAUACGCCUCUGUCAGCUCUCGUUUUGGGCAAGCUCAUAAAGGCAGCCGGCUUCCCUCCCGGGGUUGUCAACAUCGUCCCUGGCUACGGGCCGACUGCAGGCAGAGCCAUCGCGAUGCACGACGACAUUGACAAGAUCGCUUUCACUGGGUCGACGAAAGUGGGACGCCUGAUUCAGAGCGCUUCCGGAGAAUCUAAUUUGAAGCGAGUCACUCUCGAGCUUGGAGGCAAGAGUCCUCUUGUGAUCUUUGGCGACGUCGACCUCGAUGAGGCCGUUGAGAUAGCCCACAACGCGGUGUUCGCCAACAUGGGUCAAUGUUGCUGCGCUGGAACGCGAACAUACGUUCAUGAAGGCAUCUAUGACGCAUUCGUCGAGAAAGCGAAAGCUCUGGCCGAGAAAAGGAAAGUCGGAGAUCCGUUCGACCCCGAGGUUGUUCAAGGUCCUCAGAUCAGUGCGCUACAAGCAGAACGAAUCAUGGAGCUCGUUGAAAGCGGGAAAAAAGAGGGCGCUAAAUGUGUCGCGGGAGGCAAGCGAGCUCCCGGUGAAGGAUUCUUCAUCGAACCGACGGUUUUCGCGGACGUCACGGAUAACAUGAGAAUCGCACGUGAGGAGAUUUUCGGGCCUGUGCAGCAGAUCCUGAAGUUCUCAACGAUGGAUGAGGUGAUCGACCGGAGUAAUGAUACCAGAUACGGCCUCGGAGCCGGAAUCCUCACGAAGGACAUCGACAGAGCUCUUGAAUUCGCGCAGGGGGUCCAAUCUGGGUCGGUUUGGAUCAAUUGCUACGAUGCAUCGACGGUCCAGACACCUUUCGGCGGCUACAAGCAAAGUGGUCACGGUCGCGAAUUGGGCUACGCUGGAAUCAAUGAAUAUGUGGAGACCAAAACGAUCACCAUUAAAGUUGCCAAGAAACACUCCUGAAGGGAUCCUCGGAUUCCCUCGCUCUACUCGGGGGCUCGUGGACCUUCUGGACUAGGGAGUGCCGGCAAGGGAUCGGAGCUCGACACGAGUCUAAUAUUUUUCGAGGAAGAAUAAGUCGACAUGUCAUGUUCCAGCGAAUUCCCACCCUCAACUCCUGGUUUCUCACGCUCGCCUUAAUAGAGAUGU